UCAGUCAUGUCGUCAUGUCACGUAAAAAUAUUUGUUUUGUUGACUGUUAUGUACCGACUUCGGACCAUAUUUAUGCAAAUAAAUAUUAAUUAUUAUUGUUAAAAGUAUCCAAUAAUUAUGCACAAUGACCUUUUUUGAAGAUACACUUAUUAUCCUAAUAUCUCAAACUAUCUUCUUCGUCGGUGGUUGGAUCUUCUUUGUGAAGCAACUGUUCCGAGAUUAUGAAGUGCAUCAUAUACUUGUGCAGUUGAUAUUCUCCGUAACUUUUGCAUUAAGUUGCACUAUGUUUGAACUUAUCAUAUUUGAAAUCAUUGGUUAUUUGGACUCCAGUUCGAGAUAUUUCCACUGGAACUUGGGUCUCUACUCUCUGCUCUUCAUGGUGAUAGCUCUGAUUCCAUUCUACAUUGCUUACUUUUGCAUCAGCAAUAUUCGAUUUGUGUCGCGCAAUAUAAUAAGACCAUUAACAAUAUUCGUAUGGUUCAUCUACCUGUACUUCUUCUGGAAAAUCGGAGAUCCAUUCCCGAUUCUCAGUCCAAAACAGGGUAUAUUCUCAAUAGAGCAAGGCGUGUCCCGCAUCGGAGUUAUAGGGGUCACAGUGAUGGCCCUUCUCUCAGGGUUCGGUGCAGUCAACUAUCCUUACACCUCUAUGGCUAUAUUUAUAAGACCUGUGACCCAUUCAGACGUGCAAUCAAUAGAGAAAAAACUCCUCCAAACAAUGGACAUGAUAUUAGUGAAAAAGAAAAGGAUAGCGCUAGCAGAGGCCAACAGUGGAGCGAGACAGCAAUACAAUCUUCUAGACCAGUCUAACGUCAAGAAUAGGGGCGGGUUUUGGACCAAUAUUUUGUCCAGUGUUGGGAGUAUUGCUAAUCCACUUGGCCACGGGACAGAAAACAUAAACCAGCUAAAGCAAGAGAUAUCAGGCCUAGAAGAGCUAAGUAGACAGUUGUUCCUAGAAGCGCAUGACGCUCGCACCAUGCGAGAGAAGAUAGAGUGGUCUAAGACAUUUCAGGGGAAAUACUUCAACUGCCUCGGGUAUCUGUUCUCCUUGUACUGCGUUUGGAAGAUUUUCAUUUCGACAAUAAACAUAGUCUUCGACCGUGUAGGCAAGAAGGAUCCAGUAACCCGAGGACUCGAGCUGGUGGUCCACUGGCUGGGACUCCGCAUCGAUGUGGCCUUCUGGUCCCAGCACGUGUCCUUCAUACUGGUCGGCUGUAUCGUGCUCACCAGCAUUAGGGGACUGCUGCUGACUCUCACUAAGUUCUUCUACAAAAUAUCAUCGUCGAAAUCGUCGAACAUCAUCGUCCUCAUCCUAGCCCAAAUAAUGGGUAUGUAUUUCUGUUCGUCUGUACUGCUAAUGCGCAUGAACAUGCCGCCAGAAUACAGGAUUAUUAUAACGCAAGUUUUGGGCGAUUUGCAGUUUAAUUUCUACCACCGUUGGUUCGAUGUUAUAUUCUUAGUUAGUGCUUUGACUAGUAUAUUUACUCUAUAUUUAGCGCACAAACAGCCAUCGGUUAGCUAGCUAUAUUUCUGUUUCGAUUCGGUAGUCUGUCUCAUAUUUAGCUAUUUUUUCAAUAUUAAUGGAUAUAGAAAAUAAUUCAUAUCGAAUAUGUUAGUGCUAACCAGCGUUAGCACUAACAUGUGUCACAUGUGAUUCAAGUCGCUUAAAGUCAUCCCACGAAUUAUUCCACUUCAAUCACCUGGCUAAUUCACCCAGGUGAUUUAAGUCCACUGAGUCUGUGUACUUAAUCACCUCCGCUCAGGUGAUUAUUGUGUAUGGAAUAAUUCCAUCCGACAUCUUAAGACUUUUCAAAUAUACCUACCUAUCUAGAGAUAUAGUGUAUAUAAAGUUUACUUUCAAACCAAUAGUUGAUUGUGUACACUUGUUUGUUCGACAUAAAAUGUUGUAAAUAACUAAAAAAAUUAUAUUAUAGAUAAUGAAAGUUACGAAAUUGUAACUUACAAUUUGCGUAGUUUUAUCUUUUUUUUUUGUAUUAUUCUUAAGCGUUAAUAUUGUACUUUGAUU